GAUCUCUCCGACCAGCUAUAGCGGAAGGGAGACAGACAGUCGAAAUUUCGGAAACCGCGCUAAUUUUUAGCCUCCUCGUACUUCCGAGCUGGUUUCCGCAGACAUGCGAACACAAUCCAAGAACCGCAAGCAUUCCCAGGCACUGUAAUGGCAGCCCUCCAAAUCCAGCCUCACCAACAACAACAACGACAAGCGUUCCAGUUCCAAACCCAUAUCAUGAACCCUCUCCGGUUCGCUCUCAGACCCAAUGUCUCCUUCGCCGGGCCUCGCUUCGCCUCGCUGUUCUGUUCUUCCGCUCCGACCGCAAAGCAGGCUCAAGUUCCGAUUUUGGACGCGCCCGGUUCGCGGAGUGCCGGUAAGAGGAAUGAGGGCGUUGGUGGGAGUGGGAAUGGGAGUGGAAAUGGGAGAAUUAGGGUUAAGGGUAAGUCCGCCGAUGCUCAGCUGAAGCAGAGGUGGUUAGACUCGCUCACUUGCCCUGUCGCCGCUAGUUCCGGGCAGGGAGAUUGUGAUGGAAGUGGGUCUGGCUCGGAUUGGGUUAUCGGCAUCGAUCCGGAUCUCUCGGGUGCUUUGGCGCUCUUGAAACCCGACGAGUCCGGGUUUUCAGCUCAGGUGUUUGAUUGUCCUGCUGUUCCAGUACUGGUUGGUAAAAGAACUCGAAGGCGAUUGGAUCCCAAAUCUAUCGUUCAGUUGCUUCGGAGCUUGGAUGCUCCAAUUGGGACAAAGGCAUACAUAGAACAGUCAAUUCCGUUUCCUAAUGAUGGUAAACAGGGAUGGUGGAGUGGAGGUUUUGGGUAUGGCUUGUGGAUUGGAACCUUGGUUUCGUCAGGAUUUUCCGUGGUUCCAGUUGCAUCUUCACUGUGGAAAAAUGUAUUCGAGCUCUCUGGGAGUGGCUCUACAAAGGAUGACAGCCGGAGGGUUGCAUCAAGUUUGUUUCCUUCUUUGGAUGAUCAACUUAAAAGGAAGAAAGACCACGGUAGAGCUGAGGCUCUUCUUAUUGCCGCCUACGGAAAAGGCUUGAAGUUGAAGUCAGAUUCAUUAUCAUUUGUCAAGGAAUUGGUCUCUUAGCUCUUCUCUUCGUCGCUCCGUUUGUUUUCACCGAUUCAUUUUUCUGGGGGGAAAUCUAACCUCAAAGAAUUCUCUGACGAGCAUUCGGUUAACAUAUUCCACCAGUCAAGAGCUUCAUGCACUCAUGAUUUAAGAAGCUCCAAACUUCUGCACCAAAGAUCAAACUAUAUCGGGAGGCGAAAGACUAGAUGAUGAGGGUUGAUUCCCGAAAGCCGGUCAAACGCACCGCUUCUCGAGUUCGUCUCAUAACUUGCAAGGAUUUUGAUCACCAUAGCAAUUGUUCCAGGUCGUAUUCUCAUUUGUAACAAGCCCAGGAUGUAAAAUAUGACAUUAGAGAAGGUAGAGAAGCUGCUUGAAGCUUUCGGUU